AUGGAAGACGAAGCAACCCAAGAACAUCAAAGGUUGUUUGCAGCUCCUCUCAUAUUUCUCAUCGUCGCUGCUUUUCAAUUUGCAUAUUAUUGCCUCGAUCACUUUAAGAAGGGUGGAUCCGACAAUGAAAAAGAAAUUCAAUUACGCGCAGAAAUAAAACAACUUUUGAAGGAGGCAGGCUCAAUGUCACAGCCAUCAACAUUUGCACAAGCAGCAAAACUCAAAAGGCUGGCAGCUGCCAAGGAGAAGGAACUUUCAAAGUACCAGAACUUGUAUCACAAAGAUAAUGUUUUAUAUUCAAAAGUGCUGCUCAUCUUAAAGUAUUUCACAUAUGGAGUGCUGGUUAUCUGGUUUUGGCGUGUUCCUGUGGCUAGCAUUUCUCAGCAACUUGUACAACCUUUUGGGAGAUUGUUAUCUUUGAAGGCUGGAGGAGUCCAAAAUAACAGUGUCAUGAUUGGGAUAAUUUCUUGGUUAGUAGUAUCUGCUAGGGUCUGCAGAUUUGUCCGUCGAGCUUACAGCAAAUAG